AUGAAGCAUCUUUACGAGGAGAAUGCCAAAUCUCUGCAACCACGGGCUGCUGUUUUAGCAUUUUUUGCUGGCUUCGCGUUGCACACCUUGGUAAUAUCCAAACCAGGGGUCGUGGAUUAUGUCCAGCUCUAUGCAAUUGACGCUGCCCAUUCCCAGGAAACGGAGAGCAAUAUUUGCCAAGAGAGUACGGGAUGCAUCAUUAGCGAGUGUUUCUAUCCCAAUUCAAAAGAGAACCUUGCAAUGAAGGCCGAAAAAGCGAACAUCAAGGGCUCUGCUAUUGUACCUCAGCUGGGUGACCUGACCAUCUCGUUAAUGGCAAUAGCCCUCCAAGCCCUUCUCUACGUUGGCAACACAUAUUCAGCCUGA